CGGGGCCGCCGCGCGAGGCCGGUGCGUGGGGGCUCCGCGGGCGGGGACGGUCCCUGCGUGGGCAGGGCCAGGAGAAGGCGACGCCCGCCAUGAGCUCGUCGGCGCUGCUGGCUGAGGGCCCCCUCGACCCCCCGGUGCUGCUGGCCGACAUCAAGACGGAGCCCCCCGAGGAGCUGCUGGCCAGCGACUGCAGCCAGCCCCAGGCCGAGCCCGUCGAUCUCUCCCUCAAUAAAUCCAAGGUGGCUCCGGCCUCGGCCCCGCCGCCACCACCUACCACCUCGGUCCAGUCUUCCCCCAUGCUCGUGGCUCCCCCGGUUCCCGCUCCCAGCACCGUGUCCAUCCCGCCCUCUGGUCUCAGCUCCACCUCGGCCAUCCCGGCUGUCCUCUCGCCCGGCUCCAUCCUGGCCUCCACGCAGGGCAGCGGCGGGCAGCAGAUCCUCCACGUCAUCCACACCAUCCCCUCCGUCAACCUGCCCAGCAAGAUGGGCAACCUGCAGACCAUCCCCGUGGUGGUGCAGUCCCUCCCCGUCGUCUACACCACCGUGCCCACGGACGGCGUCACCGCCAUUACCGUGCCCCUCAUCGGGGGGGACGGCAAGAACGCUGGGUCUGCUUUUCUUUCCCGGACCCCUCCAGUGAAAAUGGACCCUGGCUCUGUGUACCCCAUGGACAUGAACAGCGACAGCGAGGACAGCGCCUCCGAGAGCGGCCCGGCGCCCUUCCAGGACCUGCCGAGAGAGCCGGCGGCGCGGGGGCCCAGGGCCGAUUCUCCGGACCUGAAGAAGCGGCGCAUCCACCAGUGCGACUUCGAGGGCUGCAAUAAGGUCUACACCAAAAGCUCCCACCUCAAAGCCCACCGGAGGAUACACACAGGCGAGAAACCCUACAAAUGCACGUGGGAAGGCUGCACCUGGAAGUUCGCCCGCUCGGACGAGCUCACCCGGCACUUCCGCAAGCACACGGGCAUCAAACCCUUCCGCUGCUCGGACUGCGACCGCAGCUUCUCCCGCUCCGACCACCUGGCCCUGCACCGCCGGCGGCACGUCAUGAUGUGAGCGGUGCCCGCCGCGCUGGGAGCCGGCAGCGCCUCCCUCCCUCCAUCCUCCGCACCCCGCGGCUCCGGAGGGGCGGGGCGGGGACUGCGCAGCGCCGGGGCCGGGCCGUGCCCGCUGCAGGAGCCCCGCCGGCACGGCACGGGACGGCAAACAAUGGAUUCUGGACUGCUGCCCCUUCUCUCUUGUCCCCAGCUGUUUUUAUUCCUGGGUUUGUCCUCGCCUGGAGGCUCCUUGACUCCUCAGCUGGAAUUCACCCAGCAGCUGCCUCUGGCUCUUCAGCCUCCUGCCCGUUGUUGUCCCCCUCCGUGUGCUCCCUGUCCCCUGCCACUCCCUGGGAGCCGUGGCAAGGACGGGGGCAGGGCUCGAUGGGCCCUCGUGGAGGAGCUGAUGGCCAUUCCUGCUCCAUCCCCAGGCUGUCCCAGCAGGAGAAGGGACAUCACCUCUCUGCGUGUCCCUCAGCACGUGCUGGGCUUCAUGGGAAGUGCUGGGUGUGCAGAGAGCCAGGAGGAAAAGAGGAAUCAAGAAAGGGGGAAACAACCCAACAGUGACCCACAAACAAGACCAUCAGCAGCACACAAACGGAAACUUUGUGGAACAUGGAACUUUUCUUUUAUGGAAUUCUACAAGGGGGUGGGACAGGGUGGGGGGGACGAG